UUUGUUUAGUUUCCCUUUCAUUAUUAAUGGCUAUAGAUAUGAACUUUCCUCUUUCUAAUUUCACCUUAUUAUCAUCAAUCUUUUUCAUAAUUUUCUUUUGCCUUUUCUUGAAACAUUACAAAAAUGUCCACAAACAUAUAACCAAAAAAAAACUUCCACCAGGAGAAAUGGGACUGCCAUGGCUAGGUGAAACCAUAGAAUUUUACAAAUCACAAAAAAAGAACAAAUUAUUCGAAGAAUUCGUUCAACCUCGAAUCGAAAAAUAUGGAAAAACGUUCAAAACAAGACUUAUGGGUGCACCAACAGUAGUUGUAUGUGGAUCAGAGGCCAAUAUGUUCUUCAUGUCUAAUGAAUUCAAAUUGGUAAUAAGUUCUUGGCCUACUUCUUCAGUUGAACUCAUGGGAAAAAAUUCAAUUAUGGAGAAAAAAGGCGAUAUACAUCGAUUUCUACGUGGUAUUAUUUCAUCAAGUCUUACAUCUACUAGCCUUGAUGCAAUGGUGCCCAAAAUUUGUAACACAAUUCAAUCUCAUUUGUACAUAAAUUGUACUCAUGGACAAGAAGACUGGACGAUUAAGCUUUAUCACCUUACCAAAUCCUUGACGUUCAAGAUUGUAUUUGAGUGUUUUUUAGGGAUCAUGGUGAAACCAGGAUUACUUGAAACGUUUGAAGGAGUCUUGGAAGGGGCUUUUUCACCUCCAUUUAAGUUUCCAGGGUCAAAGUUUUCGAGGGCUAUAAGUGCAAGGAUGAAAAUACAAAAAAUUCUUGUUGAGGUUGUUAGGGAGAAGAAAAAGGAGAUUGAAUUUGGACGGGAUGAAAAUGAACAAGGGAAAUCAGACGAGGCAUUGCUUUCGCGAUUAGUGAAAGCAAUGAUUCGUGGUGAAGUUAGUGAAGAUGAAGUUGUUGAUAAUGUUGUUUUGUUGGUGUUUGCUGCACAUGAUACAACUUCUUUUGCUAUUGCUAUGACAUUUAGGAUGUUGGCUCAUCAUCCUACUUGCUAUUCUCUUCUCCUUCAAGAACAUGCUAAUAUAAUGAGCAACAAAGGACCAGAUGAGAUACUAUCAUUAGAAGACACAAAAAAGAUGAGAUAUACAUGGCAAGUUGCUAGGGAAAGCAUGAGGCUUUUUCCUCCUAUAUUUGGUUCAUUCAGAAAAGCAAUUGCUGACAUUGAAUUUGAUGGAUUUACUAUUCCAAAAGGUUGGAAGGUACUGUGGACAACAUAUAGUACACAUAAUAGUCCAGAGUAUUUUAAAGAGCCCCAAAAUUUUGAUCCAAGUAGAUUUGAAGAGCCUGUUCAACCAUAUGCAUUUAUACCAUUUGGAGGAGGGCCAAGACUGUGUGCUGGGUACCAAUUGGCAAAGCUAAAUAUUCUUAUAUUUGUUCAUUAUGUUGUGACAAAAUAUAACUGGUCCUUGAUAUACCCUGAUGAACCAAUUGUUAUGGAUCCCCUUCCUUUCCCUUCCAAAGGGAUGCCCAUUAAAAUUUCUCCCAAGUUUUAAUGAAAAUAUACAACUUUGUUAUCACUUUACUCUUGGCCCUCUAGGCUGUUACACAGUAGUUACCAGUAAAAACUUACCUGCAUCCAGUAUUUAUACCAAUAAGUUUUUACCAUUAGUUUUCUAUCAAUCAAGUUGGUGGAGUUGUUUAUAUAUCAAUAGCUAGAACAAUGUUGGCACACUUUUGAGGACAUUCCCAAUUAACUAAGGGAAUGUUAUUAUCAUUAGCCCAGAGUCAUAGAACACAAUUCUAUAUGGCUUGCAACAUUUUGGAAAUAAAGUGGCAGUUACGUUUAAAUCAACCAAAAUAUUAUUACUUAGUUAACUUAAGAGAAUGAACUCGUUGACAAACAAUGUUUGUAUCAUAAUCUCUCCGAUUAGCUAUUCAGAUUGGCAUAAUACAUAGACACUUUAACUUAGCUUCAACUGUCAACUAAACGCUCCAACUUUGAAUAUACACACUUAGACACUUCGACUCGUCUCCAUUGUGUUAGUUGAACACUCCGAAGUUGGAGAGUUUAGUUGUCCGACACAUGAUGUG